AUGUCGUCGUCGGUUUUACUCAGGUUCGUGUUUUCUUAUGGGUUUUUGUCCCUUUAAAUUAAUUUUUUCACGGGAAAUUUGUUUUUUUUAGUGAAAUUGGGCAAAAAUUUAAGUAAUAAUAGGUGUUUUAAGGCUGGCUGGAAGUUGCCAAAGCUUCAGGUACGUUAGAAAUAUGUUUUAAAUAGGUUUUUCUGAUGGAAAAGAUAUAGAAGAAGGGUAAGAGGCAUCGACAAGAGAGAAGAGACGCAGAGAGGCUAGAUCAUUUCUGCGUAACUUGUAUGUUAUAAAAUUAAUCGACAAGUAAAGAAAGAUUGCUUCGUUUUCUCUGUAGAAUUGAUCUAUACCACUUCCUCCACAGUUGAUCCAGCUUCUCUGCGUCUCUUCUCUCUCGUCGAUGCCUCAUACUUUUUCGGCCCCUAUAGGGACCACUCUGGAAUUCUUGAGAGGCGAGAAGAUUUUUACCUUCAAAAAUUGAAAAUAAGGUUUUUUUACAGUUUGAUAUGAGGCAUCGACGAGAGAGAAGAGACGCAGAGAGGCUAGAUCAUUUCUGAUUAACUUGUAUGACAUAAAAUUAAUCGACAAGUAAAGAAAGAUUCCUUCGUUUUCUCUGUAGAAUUGAUCUGUACCACACUCGCGGAAAACUUGAAUGAUCUAGCCUCUCUGCGUCUCCUCUCUCUCGUCGAUGCCUCAUAUCGAACCGUAACAUUUUUCUAUGAUUUUUCUAUAAAAAUUCAUCAAAAACCCCUUUUUAAAACAAAUUUUUUACUUCCCUGAAGCUUUUGCAACAUCUAGCCAGCCUUAAAAAACCUAUUAUCACUCAAAUUUUCGCCCAAUUUCACUGAAAAAAAUAUUUUCCCGUUUAAAAAUCAUUUCCAAGCCUUCCCGUCCCCAUUUCUUCCCACAAAAUUCCCACUAGACCUUCGAAAAUCGGCCCCGGAACCCCAUCAUUUUCUUCAGAUCAAUACUUUGCUCCGUCUUACUAUGGCAACUGGGAGGAGCUCAAAAAUCGGGACCGCCCGGCCCGAUGACGUCACAUUUUGUCGAUUGGCUCAUUGCCCAUGGGUAGGGACCGCAGACGAAUUUUCAAAAAAAUUUUCGAACUUCAAUAUUACUAUGGUUGGAUAGUUGCUCUAAUUUACUAUUCAAAACAGUUUAGUUUUUCGAAAAAAGUUGAGAAAAAAAAAGUUAUGGUCAAAAAAGAAGUGAAAAAAAUGUCGCGAAAUUUAGUACUGAAAGUUUAGAUUUUUACACUUUUUGGUCGUUCAUUUUGUUUUCAUAUCGGAUUUAAAUUUUUUUAGUAGUUUAGUUGGGUUUUUCAAAGUCAUAAUAAGUCACUAAAACAGUAUAAAACCACAAGUUUGAAGAGAAAAGCUAUUUUUUCAUGAAAAAUAAAAAAAAAUGGCCGCUGCGAGGAUCGAACUCGCGAUAUCAAAACUGUAUGCAAGCGCACAUGCGCUGCUCCACGUCCAUCACUGGGAGAUGGGAGGCGUUCGCGCUAUACACAACUUCACCUCAAAGUACAGCAUUUACCGUCUCUUUUGUUUCAAAAAAAGUUAUGAUAGUUGAACAAUUAUUAGUCACGUGUGUUCGGAGCACCUAAAAAAAUAAUUUAUUCAUAGAGAUUCAGUUCAAAAAUACCUCCCUUUUUCGGCGUUUUUUUGUUAUUUUUUUAACGUUGGCUUCAAGUUAACAAUAAUUAAACUUUUUAGGCACCGCUAAAAAUUUUUUUAUUUUUAUUUUUUUAAUUGAUUGAAAAAUUGAGAUACGCUGAUAUUUGAGAAAUAAAAAAAGGCGCCAACGACAUCUAACCAUGUUAAAAUAAAUUUCGAAAUUUUCACUGUCUAUUUUUUUCUCAGAAAACAAAGUUUUUCGGAAUAAGUUUUAUAUUAAUAAAAUUUUUAGUUACAAUUUAAUCCACAAGUUAAAAUAAACAUUUUUCUACUUACACGCUCUCGAAACUGAGUACAACAUUUUCAACUUUGCGCGGCCUCACGAAGAUUAGGCACCGUAAAAAUUUUAAUUUUUUUGUCUUACAAGAUUUGUUUUUCACUUAAGAAUCGAAUUCGAAAAUAAAAAAAAGGCGCCAACGACAUGGAACUAGGUUAAAAACCCGAAGAAAAAAAAGCAGUUUUGGUUUUUUUGUACGACACUCCGCUAAAACGCUUCGAAAAUCCGGUGAAAAGUAUAUAAGAUUAAAGAGGAAGGUUUUCUCUAUGUUUGCACCAAAUUUCUCUGUGUUUGAUUCAGUAUUGCGCUUUUACGAAAACAUCAAACACGAAAUCUAAAAAACCAGUGCAUUUCACCAUCGCAAAAAGGGGCGUGGCUCUGCGGUCUCUACCCAUGGGUGAGUUACACGCGGAAAAGAAAUGGUCCCUAUAGCAAUUUUUCUGGAUUUUGUCGAAAAGGUCCUUGAAGCUACUAAAAAAAUAGCUAUUUAUGGAAAUUAUCAAUGAAUUAAGUGAACCCUAAAGUGAUUUUUUUUUCCUUAUUUUUUUGGAACGGAUCCUCUAGUUUGAAAUGUCUUCGAAAUGGAAUUCAAAAUUAAUUAUAAUUUAUUAAAGUGUCCCCUUAAGUGAUUUACUUUUCCCCUCGCACUUACCCUUAACCUUGAAAAAUUCUACAAAUCAUUCCAACGUAGAUUAUUUGUAAACUAAGUAGCCCCUUGAGUGAUUUUCCCAUCUUUUCGCACUGAUCCUUGACCUUGAAACUUCUAAAAAUCUUAAAAUGAGUUAUCAAUAAUUUAAGUGAACCCUAUAGGGGUUUAUUUCUCUUCAUAUUUUCAUACUAAUCCUUUAGCUUGAAAUUUUAUCGAAAACACACUUUAAAAAAAACAUUUUCUUGUUUUGAAAAUUAAAAAAAAAGUUUUCCUCAUAGAUUCAAUUUAUCGUAGAAUCUACUCGGAAUGAUCUCUAAAUGAUCCAAGAACAUAAAAAAAAUCGGCAGAUUACGUAACCCGGAUCAAGUUUUUGCUUGCGCCAGAUCUGAUUCCUAGAAAAAUCGGAAGAAAAAAAACCCGACGUCGAUUCGCCCAAUGACGCAAUGUUUUAUUUCCAUUUGAUUAAGAAAUGUCUAUCUUUUCUAAAUUUAGUGUGAUAAAAAAAUAGAGAUAUGAAUCAAAUUAACUGGUUGAUAAUGAAAAGAAAAUUUAUUCGAGUAUGAAAAGAAGGUAGAAAGAAUUCAGAAAUUCAACAGAUUCUCGUCGAUUUCAGUUACGAACAAGACACUUUUGAUCGACCUGAUGUCGGUCCAAAUGGCAGUUUUGGAGGCCGAAGGAGAAGCAAUGAUAAGGUAAGACUUUGGAAUAAACAUGUUUUAAGAAAAAUUUGAAAUAAACCUCAUUAACUCAGCGUUAGUUGCAAACUAGCAAGGGAGGUUUUUAACAAACCAAAAAAAACAUUUUAAAUCACCAAAAGUCCCGAAAUCGUAUCUUCUACAUUUCCCUCCAUUCAUUCCGUCUAUUUAGAACUUGUAUUUAAAAAGCAAACAUUCUGAUUGAACAAAAUAUCCUUAUAUAAUCAGCGACCUAACAUAUUUUUUGACUAAUGAAAAAAAGUUGAGGUCGAAAAAGAGCCGGUGAUUUUCAUCCACGGGAAUGGCGAUGCCGCUUUAUACACCCAACAACCCUUGGCUACAGGAUUCAGCAGGUAAUCUUUCAAAUUUCAAAGCUUUUUUUUACUGUUCAAAUCUUUGAAGGCAAAGAAAAAAAGAAAAACAAGAAUAUCAACAAAAAAAACUUGAAAACCAAAAAAAAAAAUAAAUAGAUUUUUUGGAUCGAAAAAACCUAAUUUUCUAAUCUAAAGUGCUCUAUGGACAAUAAAUAACCAAAUUAAACAUUUUUCGACUUCAAAGUUUCAAAUAAGAAGGUCAGAAAUCGGAUCUUUGUGCUGAAGGAAAAAAAAAAAUGAACUUUGAAAAAACUAGGUAUCGCAUUUUUUUCAAUUAUUUUUCAAUCCUAUUUUUCUUUUUAAUCAAGCUUCCGUGUAAAGUGUUCUCUAUUGAACAUAAUAUCUUCAUUUUUCAAGUUGCGAAAAGUACAUGAAAAAGCGCACAAAAAGAAGUUAGUUUUUCACUGAAAUCAAAAAAUCGACGGGAUUUCAAAAAGGCCCGUUUUUUGGUAGAAACAAAGUGAUUUUCUUGUAACUCUUCCCGAAUUUUCGACAAAAUUUCUGUUGAAUCCCUAUCUAGUCCGACUUCAGAUCGAUCCAAUACUUCCUGGAGCAAAACUACACCGAGGCCGAACUUUACGCGACAACUUGGGGCGACUCUUGGGGAACUGGGAGCCUUUUGGACAGUUAUUCAACGAUUCACACUUGCGGCAAUUUGAUCUAUUUGAGGAGGUUUUUGAAAAUCUUUUGAAAAUUUUUGAGUUCCCCUAUUUCGUUUUUUGUAGUGGUUACAGUUCUACUAAGUAACGCCAGAGUGGCCUCUUAAGGGGUUAGGGGAGAAAACAGUCCCUAGAGGGGUCGAAAAAGUGUCCUUCAUAGGGUUAAAACUUAGGUGGUCCCUAUAGGGGUUUAGGCUAAUCUAAAGAGUUUUUCGGCCCUAAAGGGGCCACUUUUGCAAGCUUUAGUGAUCCCUUUAUGGGUGAUAAAACGACCCCUAAAGAGAAAUCUUCAACGGCCCCUAAACCUGCCCCUAUAGGGUCCACUUUGGAGCUUUUAAGUGCGGCUACAGCUGAUUCACGGCCCCUAAAAUUUUAACUUUCUAGAGGCCCUAUUUUGCCCCCUAUAGGGGUCCCUAGAAGACCAAACCCCUAUAGGGACCCUUCAGGAGUAGCUUGUGACUCUAGGGGGCGUGGCCUGCCUGGGCUCUCCGCCAAACAAACACUAUCUCUUUUUGAUUUCGUGCCAGGACCCUUCUUCUAUGGUUUUUGAAAAAUUUGCAUCAUACUUUUUCAAACUUUUUUUAAAUGAAAUAAAUCUUGUUAAAAUCAGGUACCUGGAAGCCGUAAUCGCCUACACGGGCGCCCGAAAAGUCGACGUUAUCACCCACUCGGUCGGAGUUCCUUUGAUGAGGUUAGUUCUACAAAACCUCAAUCAAAUAUGUUUCAAAACGAUUUUUAAACGCGGAAAUGUAAUUAAUCUCGAAAAAAAAUCAGUGAAUUUUCAAGAAAAGGUUCCUGAAAAGAUUUUGAAAAAUACUGAGGAAAAUUAGAGGGUUUUACAGUAGUCUGGGCAUUUAUGUGAAGUUUUUUGGAAUACGAUAUUUUUGAAUUUUUUAUAUGCUAAUGUUAGGGACCGCAAGCCAUUUCUUCAGAACGAUUCAAAAAAUAUGUUUUUUACAUUGUUCGAUAGAGGAGACUGUCCAUUUUCAUAAUCCGUUUAGUUUUUGAAAAAAGCUUCACUAAGAAAAAAGUUAUGGCCAAAAAACGAGCGCGCGCGGCGUACAACUGGAGGCAAAAUCUCACGGUUUACCCGCUGCCGCACGCUUUCUUUUUAAAUGUUUUUACGCGGUUCAGGACCGUUUUUUUAAAUCGGUUUUUCUGUUCUGAGAGGUUGUCCGAACUGAGCCUCAUGUUUUUGGUAUGAAUCUUUUGUACAAUCCUCAUAAGAAUUUUUUUGAUAAAAUAUCAAAAAAACUACCUUGAAAAAAAGGUCAAAGGAAUUUUUUUCAGCUUAUUUUUUUCUUUUUUUCUACGCAGAAAAAAAUUAUUAUCAUUCGAUUUGGAAAAAAAGAAAAAAAUGAAAAAAAUAAUGUUAUUUCGAAAUAAAACAGGAAAAAAAGUGCAAUUUGACUCCGAAAAAAACGGCUCCUGCGACAUUUAAAAAGGGCGCAUCGGUGUGUUUGACGCAAACACUGCUACGGACGCUUGCACGAAAUCUUCCGAAAUUUCAAAAAAAUUGCCAUUUUUUACGAGGUUUUUCAAAGCCGUUAUUUUUUUCGCGUCGAUCGAUUUUUUUCAUAAUUUUUUUCAUUGAUAGAGUUUUUGAACGCUUAAUAACAUAAUCAUAAAUAUAGACGCGAUCCUAUUCUCUCAUGCGUCAACGAGGCAGACGAAAAAAAGGAGGUUUUGGUAAAACUCAAAUAUAAUUUGAUUCGCUGUCCCAAUAAUUAUUUUUCGUUUUGAAUUUUUUUAUUUUUUUGGACACACUGUUAGUUUUUAAAUCAAAUAAAAAGUAUACCAUGUCGCUGAAAUUUUUUUCGCAUUUCAGCUUCAAAGUUUGGUGUCACUUUAAAAAGCUUUAAUAUUUUUCGCGUCGGUAGAUUUUUAUUUUUCACUCAAAAAAAUAAAGAAAGUGUUAAUGUAUAACAUACUUAAAAUUUAGAAGCGUUCCUCACUUGCUUUUUCUGAAACGCGACGAUUUUUGUGAAACUUGUCAGUUUUUUUCGUGUUAAAUCUUACUUUUUUUCGCUUAUUUUUUUGAAAAAAAUACAUAGUUUAAAAAAAUAUUCCGUCCUGUAGAGCGUUGUCGAUUACAUAGAUUAACAGAAACAGUUCAUUUUUUUAAAGUGGGACUUUAGCUAGUAUAAACGCCUCAAAACCGUUUUUUUGCAACAAAAAAAUCGUCAUUUUGGUGGCGUGAAGGGGCGGGGCUUUGCGCCCCCUAGCUAAUGUUUCUAGAAAAAUGGGCUGAUUUGAUAUGAGAAAUUCUGAAUUUUUUUUUAAAUAAGCUGAAAAAAAUUAAUAAUUUCAAAAAAAGCUCCAAACUAACAAUAAAAGUGCGAAUUAGCAUUAGAGCGCAUUUUCAAACCUCAAAAAAAGCCAAGCUUUUAGUUUUUUUCUCCGUCAAGUUUAUGAUUCAAAUAACUUUCAGAAAAGUGAUCAAGGGCGGAAAUUUGAUCGGCACUGAUGGAAAUUGCACGUUGGGACCGCCAUUGGGCGAAAAAAUCGACACUUUUUUGGGGAUCGCUGGCCCUAAUUAUGGUAAGUCUUGAUAGUUUCUCAGCCGAAAAAAGGAAUCUGUAUUGUCUGUGCUCUCUUUUCCCUCGCUGGCAAAGAGCCAGAAAGCAGCAUGCAAGUAAGAGAGAGCGCAGAGAAGUCAGACUGCUACAAGUUGUGGCGAAUGAGGCUUUGACUGUCAUCCUUGCUUCUCAACUUAUGAAACCAAUCUGAUUGUCUGAGCUCUCUUUUUCCCUCACUGGAGCGCUCUUACGAGUAAAAUACAGAACAUGAGAGCGCAGACAUGUUUAAUAAUUUCAAGUCGAGGUAUAUGAACUAUAUCCAUAAUCAUUCCUUCACAACUUAUGAACUUAUGUCAUAAAUUUGACUGUCUGCGCUCUCUUUUUCUCUCACCAGCGAGCUCUUUAGAGUCAACGGAAAGGCGAGAGAGCGCAGACAGGUCAAAGCUUUUGGAAUCAAGGUGAAUGAACCAUAUUCAUGACGAUUCAACUUGAAUGACUAGUCUGCCUGUCUGCGCUCUCUUUUUCCCUCACUAGGGGACUUUUUAGAGUCAACGGGAAAGCUAGAGAGCGCAAACAGGUCAGAGGGUUUCAAGGUGAGAUGAUUAAACUAUAUUCAUUGCUUCUAAACUUAUAAUACCAAUCUGACUAUCUGCGCUCUCUUUUUCUCUCACCAGAAAGCUCAUUUGAGUUAAUGGGUAGACAAGAGAGCGCAGACAGGUCAGAGUGCUCCAAGAUCGGAGCCAAUGGACUAAAUAUUCAAAAUUGAACAAAUCAAAACUCAAAUUUGAGGUCUAUGCGUUUGUCAACUGGCCCAGACGGUUCCGGCCUGGUGCAACGCUCUGGACGGCUUGUACCCGGGGUACACCUGUCAAGAUCAGGUGAGCAGUCUUGACUUCAAAAAACGAGAUUGGCAAGGGUGACGCGUUGCGUACGCGUCGCGGUUUCAUGGCGGGAAUCUUGAGGCCAAACGCGCGGCACUAAUUUUCUUUUGAUAGUGUUUCAAUUAUUUUUAAUUUUUCAUGGUUCAGAAUGAAUCAUGUUGAACGAAUGAAAGCGUAAAAAUAAUAAAAAACUUAUUUUUUUUCUACAUAUUCGACCUCGAGAUUCCCGCCGAAAGAGCCGCGUCGCGUACGCAACGCGUGACCCUUGCCGAUCUAUCCAUAUCCCUUAUCAAGUCGGGAAAAUUGUCUAUACCACCGAUACCAAUGAAAAACUGUAACUGACAGAUAAACUAUAGCUCAUUCUACGCCAGCGUGUCACGUUUUUUUUUUCCUACAAACUACAGUACCAUUCAUACAUCAAUCCCACCCCAGCCUUUGCCGCACUCUGGGGUGGGUUCCAGCCGACGUAUGGUGUUAUUUUCUUCGAGACCUGUCUCUGUGCAUCGCCUUAAAUAUAACGGACAUUAUCAGGCCUGUGGCAAGAUCGUGACAAAAUGGGGCGUAUCCGCAAAAAAAUGUAAAAAAACGCGCGGGGGAUUUAGAACGCAGUUCCCGCCGAAAGCAAUCUUGUGGAAAAAUUGGGAUGAUGUUUUUUUAAAACAAAAUUCGAUGUUUGAUUUGAAAAAAAUAUAGCGAUUUGAAGAAAGGAGGAAAGAGACUAAAGUUUCUAUACAAACUGUGGAUUUGUUCGAAUAAAAUAUAUAUACAUAUAUAUUUCCAGCUUCUCUGCGCCUACACUUCGGGCAGUUGCAAGCAGGAAAACUAUUCGGCCCUUUUGGAAAGGAUCAACGACGAUCCGAACCGGGAGGCUGAUCACAUCUACGCCAUGUGGAGCGAUGGUAAUUUCCCAUUUUUCUUCAAGAAGCCAAAAAAAUCAAUUUCAAAUUCAAAAGAGGGAUAGACACCCUUGACACAGAACAAAAUUGUAUUAUUUUCAAAAUCUGAAAAAAUUCUUGGAUGAUGAACUAAAAUGAAUUGAAAAUGAAUCCAAAUUCGAAAAAAAUCCAAAAAGUCUAUUCAAAAAGUAAACUUUUUCUUAAGAAGCGCUGUCUUCUACGCGAUCCUGAGUUCAUUUUUGGAUAUUGUGAACAUUUCAAUUGUUAUUUUCCUGUUCGUCACCAUUAGAAAAAGACAGCUUCAUCUCAAAAAUAAUUUUUUUACUGAACAGAUUCGUUCUGAUCUUCAAAAAAACUUAUUUUCCGAAAAAUGCGCGAAUAUUUCCAAUGGAUGAGGUGCUACUAAACCAGGGGAUAGUUUGAGGAAGCCGAGCGAUUUUUUUAAGUUCCAGAUAAAAAAAUUGAAAAAACUGAGAAAAUGCAUCAGUUUUUUCCUUGAGAAGCUCAAAAAAUUCAUCCAAGAUGCAUUUUUCUUUUCAAAAGGGUCUUAUACAAAUUCCUGCGUUCAUUUUUUGAUUUUUAGUCUUUAAAAAAAGAAAGCUUCAUCUAGAAACUCAUUUUUUACUGGAUAGAGCUUUUUUUAAUUUACUAAGAAAAGCUUAUAAACCUUGGUGGAACUUCUAAUUCCAAAAAAUAAAAAUUCGUAAAAAAAUUGAAAAAAAAAACUUUUUUUCGAUUCAUAAAGCUUUAAAGUAAUCAAAAUACGAAAUAAUGACAGAAAAGCCCUAUUUAAACUUUUUAAAUCGUUAAAAAAAACUAUAAAUUUUUACUUUUUCUGAAGUCAGGAGGCUCUGAAGUACCUCCGGGGCUAAAAAACUGAUUUUCUCAAAAUUAUGAAAUUAUUUCCAGUGGAUGAGGUUCUACUCAACCGCGGGAUGGUCUGGGGAAAGCCGACGGCUCGAAUUCCCGGAAUGAAUGGCCGAUGGAUUUCCGAUCGGAACGGGCAUGUUGCCAUGAAGGAUCUCACCGAACUUCGGCAAUUUGAAGCCGUCGUUCAUCAUUCUAUUUGA